CCUGCUUCGCGAGGACUCCGAGGAGGAGGACGAGGGUGACCUGUGCAGGAUCUGCCUGAUACCGGGCGGCACCCCUCUGAACCCACUGCUCGAACCCUGCAAAUGUGUCGGCAGCCUGCAGUUCGUGCACCACGAUUGCCUGAAGAAGUGGCUGCAAGCAAAGAUUAUUUCAGGAGCCGACUUGGCAGCAGUCACCACCUGCGAGCUCUGCAAACAGACCCUCAAGCUGGAUUUCGACAACUUUGACGUGCACGAGUUUCACCGCAAGCGAGCGGCCUCCCAGGUCGAGGAGCAGAUGACCAGCUCCAGUCUGUAUAUGGCAGUCCUGCUCCACCUCUACGAGCAGCGAUUCACUGAGCUCAUCAGGUUACUGGGCGGGAGCGCGACAACCUACCAG